AUGCCCCUCCUCACAAUGGCAACCGAAUCGUCAAUACCAGCCAUUAUUCGGCAUCCUUUCGUGGUGACCUUCACCUGGUUCUACAUUGCCCUGCAAGCCGUGCUGACCUGGGUCUUUGCUCCUGUUCCCCCACCUCCAACAACUGGAAAUGAAGAUUUGCCCCGCAAGAGAGUCGCGGUAAUUGGUGCCGGUAUAACCGGAGUGUCUUCGGCAGCCCACUGUGUGGGACAUGGCUUCGAUGUCCAACUAUUUGAAUCGAGAAACAAAGAAAAGGGUCUGGGUGGUAUCUGGAGCAGGGUGAAUUCCACCUCUGCAUUGCAGGUACACAGUCUCAUGUACCGUUUCCAUCCGUCGGUCAGCUUCAAUACCGCAUACCCCACGCAGCAACAGAUCAAGGAUCAAAUCAUCAGUCUAUGGAAACGCUAUGGCUUGGAAGAUCGCACUGUCUUUGAUACCAAGAUCACUUCGGUAAAGCAGAACAACAAUGGAAAAUGGAUCAUCAACGACAAUGAAGAGCAGUACGGCCUCUUCGAUGGUGUUCUGGCUACGGUGGGCGUGUGUGGUGACCCCAAGAUGCCACCCAUGCCUAACCAGGAUAAAUUCAAGGGUGAGAUCUAUCACUCUUCUGAGCUGGAUGGCAAGGACGCCAAGGGCAAGAAGGUGCUGAUCGUGGGCGGUGGCGCCAGCGCCAUUGAGGCUUUGGAGUUUGCCGUCAAGAACGGUGCUGCUGAGAUCGAUGUUCUUUCCAGAUCGGACAAGUGGGUGAUUCCUCGAAAUGUGUUGGUGCAGUCUCUCUUGGCAUGCAACAUUUUCGGUCAGGAAACUGCUCUUUCGUGGAUUCCAGAAGGGCUGCUGCGCAAGUUUUUCUAUCGUGACCUCCAGGAUAUUGCCCCGACGGACAAGGGCAUCUUUACCCAAACACCCAUGGCCAAUGACGAACUAUUCGAUCAGAUCCGGGAGGGCAAAGCCCACUGGCUGCGCGGUGACAUUGUUUCUCUAGAAGAGAAAGGUGUAUCGUUCAACUUCCGAUCCAAGGGGGUCCCCAAGGGAGGACCUGGCCGGGAGCGACUCGUUGAAGGAGACAUAAUCGUUUUGGCGACUGGGUUCAAGCGGCCAUCUCUGUCCUUCUUGCCGGACGAGGUAUUUGAAGAACCGUAUGGCCCGCCGAGCUGGUACCUCCAAGUCUUCCCUCCCAAAUAUCCAGACAUCUGCGCAAACAACAGCACCUAUGUCGAUGCGAUCGGCACAGUGGGCAAUAUGCACAUUGGAAUUUACACUCGAUUCUUGCUGAUGUUCCUCACCGACCCAUUGACGCGCCCCACCGAACAAAGGAUGAAGACAUGGAUUGAUUUCACAAGGUUCAUGAAGCGCCUGAGCCCCACGGGAGCAUUCGACUUCUUUACCUAUGCUGAAUUGAUUUACUGGUAUGUCUUCGUUAUGGUCAUCAAUCCUUUCCGCUGGAAGUGGGCGCUCUUCGUCUUCUUUGGCAUUGGCCGUGGCUUGCCUUUGAUGGUCGUGGAACGAGAGAAUGCAUUCCGUAGAGAAUUGAAGAAAGAACGCAAGGCCAACAAGUCCGAGAAGUCCAAAGCCAACAAGUCGAACAAGUCUACCAAAGCUCAUUGA